CCCCUUCAUUCAUUCGCUCCCAGACAGCGCAAACAAGCAACGAAUUCUCGCGGAGACGAUCUCUCCUUUGCUUGAUCUCGCCAAAGAAAAGAAGAAAUCCCUCCAAUCGGUCAUCGAUCCGGGUUUGAUCAUGCCAGGAGCUGGAGGGAUGUCGCCGUGCGCCGCUUGCAAGCUUCUGAGGAGGCGCUGCGCCAAGGAUUGCAUCUUCGCCCCAUUCUUCCCGCCGGACGAGCCCCAGAAAUUCGCCUACGUCCACAAAGUCUUUGGCGCCAGCAAUGUGAACAAGAUGCUCCAGGUAAGAAAGCCCCUUUGGAUCGACCAAUCGCGAAUUCCCAGCUCCUCUCUCUCUCUCUCUCUCCAGGAUCUUCCAGUGUACCAGCGGGCAGACGCUGUGAACAGCAUGGUGUACGAGGCGAAUUCGCGGAUCCGGGACCCUGUCUAUGGCUGCGUAGGCGCAAUCUCGGCGCUCCAGCAGCAAGUUGCCCAGCUCCAGGCACAGCUCGCGGUAUCCCAGGCCGAGAUCGUGUGUAUGCGAAUGCAGCACGCCUCCACGACGAUCGCCCUAGGGCAGCACUGCAAAUCCCCCUCGCAUCUAUCGCCCCCAGCGCCAUCGUCGCCAGAAAUCAAUCACCAGAACUACAGGCCACCGAUCGGAUCAGCGGCAGCGCAUGAUGGCUUCUCGGCGGGAUCGCUGCUCGAAAAUUAGGGCUAGAGAAUUGUUCCA